AUGAACUCCACUGCUCAAAACCACGUGCACCGAAGAAGAAGCUCCUCCACAUUAUCUUCGGUUACCUUUGCUCAUGCGAGAUCUACCAGUCUCAGUUCUCCUACAGACCAUUAUCCCUCCAGAACGAGCUUUUACUCCAUAGAUGACUCCAGCAGAAGGUCUUUUGAUGGCUACAAUGAUGCCAGAUACAAGGCCGACAAUAGCAAUUUGAUGGCUGGAAGAGCAAAAACCAUUAACACUCUUAAUCUUUUGGCAAGUGAAACGAGGUUGUUGUCAACAAAUAUUCUUAAUGACCAUGAUCUGCUGACGAAUACUGUUAAUCCCAGCGUAAAUGCAUUAAACUCAACACUUCCUCCAAGUCUCUAUAAUUUCAGAAAUAACUCUUCUGCUUCUAUCACUACAACAACAUCCAAUUUGAAUCCACACUACCAGUUUAAUGUUCCUUCAUCUUCAAGUAUUUCAAAUAUUGGUUUCAAUCCAUUAACUCCAACAAUCUCAAAUUCCGUAUCAAAAGACAUUUUACUUAAUACUCAUCCUGCUGCUAAUCAUAAUAUGGACGAUAAUAAAACCGCAUUUACGGCUGGCGAGGACAUCAGAAACAACACAACAAGUAAAUCAGUCAAAAACAGGAAGGCUUUACAAAAGGCCAAAUUAUUUGCCCAAAAAGCUACAGCUCUCACAAAUCGAAAAAACUCAUUGCCUUUCACUCUGAAAAACGAUAAUGAAACUAAUAAUGAUUUAACUUCAAAGAAUUGUAAGUUUCAUGAAAACACUUCUCAAAACAUUAACAAUAAUGGCAAUACUAGCUCUGAAAAAUUGAAAAAAAGGCUAACUAUAGAUACCUCUCAAUCUUCAACUUUAUCAAUCGCUUCUCCUUUGAACAGCAAUUUUGUUAAAUCAUCGACUAAGUUCAAUUCAAAUAAUGAUACUUUUAAUUCCAAAAUUCAAAAUCCAGAUUACAAUAAACAUCUUUUCAAUCAAAAAUCUUUCAAUCAUUCCAAUAAUCAUUCGUAUAGCUAUAAUCAUAACCAUCAUCACCAUAUUAACUUACGGUCCAGAAAAGAUUUAUUACACUCAAAUAACACAUUUUCUUCAAGCACGUCCAACUCAAAAUUGUUAACUUCAAAUGGCAUUACUCUAUAUAAUUUCAACCCAACUAUAUCUUCAUCAUCAACUUUCACAAACAACAGAAAUAACAAUACAUUUUCAAACGACUUCUUAAAACAAUUAGCCUAUAUUCAAAGCUCAAUUGACAUUGAUCCUCAGAAUAGUACAAGUAGAUUGUCAUCAAAAGAAAAAGACUCGAUGACAACAGAUUUGAUGUUUCUUUUAUAUGACAGCGUCAUUCCGUUAUUUAAAGGGGAAUCUUUAAAGGUUACAAUUGAGGAUUUAAAUAAAUUGGUUGAUUUAUAUCUCUCUUUAAGAAUCGGAAAUGAGGUUUUUACAUCAAACGAUGAUGAUAACACUAAUGAAUUUACUUUUAAUAAGAUUCCAAAUAAACAACAUAUAGCUUUUGCCACUAACACUAACACUAACUCGAAAACUGUCAAUCUGCAAAACUUUAAACCCGAAUCUGCUCACUAUAACUACACUCACAAAAGCAGAAGCAGUGUUUCCAGUAACCACACUAGUUAUGGAUUGAAAUUUAACUCUCACACUACUAAUGAAACCAAUCAAAAUAUUUUAGGAAAUUCUAAAAAGGAAAAGCAAAAGAAAAACUUAUCAAAAUCUGAUUCUAUAAUGAUCAUGAAUGAUUUUCAGGAUUUCAUUAAGGUGGGCUUAUCGGUAAUGGAAAAUCAAUCAAAUAUUGACAACAAAACAAAAAAAAAGUCUAAAUUAAAUAAAUUUUACGCCGAAGAUUCAUAUGAAAACGAUUCUUUAUUUUCUUUACCUAAACAAAACAAGAGAUAUCAAUCAUCAAGAGCUAAUUUAGAUGUUCAACAACACCACAGUAAUUCAAACUCACCACAAUUAAACCUUCCUGAUAACGAUAAAAACAACAACACUUACUCUCACAAAAAUAAUUUUAAUAACGUGAAGAAUAAUAAUAUUUUUAAUAACAUUUAUAAAGGCGACUAUCAUCAUGACAAAAAAACCCAUAGUGAGAAUUAUACUACUUAUCACACUCGUUCAAAUGGAAUAAUUAUGUCUGGUGAAAAAAAUGAUGAAGUAAAAGAUAUUCUCUAUUCGGGAAAUAUUGAUUCUAUUGAUCAUACCAGUUUUGACAAUUAUAGAAACAACAGUAUAAAUAAUAUUGUCGGUAAACCCUAUAAUAUGGAUAAUAACAAUAAUUUUAAUCAAAAACAAGAUAUUAAUGAAGGUUUUUUUGUUGAUGAAACUUUAAAUAAAAGAAUUAUUCAUCCUAAUUCAAAUAUCAUCAAUGGAGAAAAUGAUUUUGAAAACAUUGAAAAUAAGUUAGCUACUCUUUGGGAAUUUUUUUAUAAUGAUGUGCUAUCAUAUCUUGAAGCGAUAUUUCUCCCAAUUCAAUUAGAGUUUGAAGGAUCUGGAAAAAUUCUAAAUACUCCUCAAUUAUCAAAAAAGUUUUGGUAUGAGUUAUUGAUACCAGAAGAAAAUCUAUCUAUCAAACGGUUUUUAUUAAUUUACUUUCGGGAUUUUAUUGUAAUUCCAAACUACGAAACUAUGAUUAACUUUGACAGUUGCUUCAAAAGUUCGGAUCUGAUUUGCAAUAAUUAUCAAACAAAUCUUAUCAAUGGCCAGAAUAUGAUUUCUAAGGAUACUGCUUCCUCCAAGAUGAUGCAUGACCAAUUUACCAAAAGGCUCUGUUUAUUGCAAUGUUUUGGUGUUUUAAGUGCAAUACAAACAGGUAAUACACUUCAAAGAUUAGUAAAAAACUUGUUAGAAAUUAUCAAAAAUAGAAUAAAGUAUGUUUAA